AUGAAUCACAGUUGUUAUUCGUUCCGCUACAACGCCUUCCUUCAGUUGCCAUCGUUUCGGAUAACUCUAUCCACGUUAUAUGCAGUUACAUCACUAACAGCCGUAUAUCUGAACUCUUUAAUACUGUAUUCCAUCUGGAAGAAUCCAUCUCUACACAAGCCUUCAUAUCUUCUUCUUGCUAAUCUUGCAUUAUCGGAUCUUAUGUUUGGAGCGUUUGCAGAAACUUUAACGAUCCUCGCUCACUAUGCUUACAUUAAGGAGUGGAGCACAAAAUACUGUUAUAUAGCUGCGAUUGCUCAUGUUAUUGGACACUGGUUAGGUUCUGUGUCUUUGUACUGUUUGACUCUUAUUAGUGUUGAUCGAUUGUUGGCCAUUAGACUGAAAAACAGAUAUCGAUCGUUUGUGACAUCUCGACGUAUUUGGAUGGUGACUGUCCCUUACUGGGUGGGGAUACUUUUCCUGCUGUUGACUUUACUUCUAUCGAAUACAUUUUAUUACCAAAAAAGUAUCCUUUUACCAUCUCUUGUUUUCUUGUUUCUCACAACAAUAAUCGUCUGUUAUUCCAUGUCGUUUUACUCACUGAAGAAGCUCACGUCUUCUGUAUCCUCUUCCAGUCAGCAACCACAAAAUGAAAACGGUACCUUUGAUGUCUCGCAAUACCGAAGAUCUUUGAAUACCAUGUCACUUGUCAUGUCGACAUCUUUACUGUUAUAUUUGCCUAGUUUUUGCUCGGCUGUUACAUGUGCCCUCGAGAAUGCGAAAGAUUUUCAUUCAAUGGUAUCAUAUCAGGUGUUACUGAUAAGUGACCUGAUUGUAGCAAUAAACUCCACAAUGAAUCCUGUGCUGUACUUGUGGCGCAUGAAUGAUAUUCGCAAACGAGUUAAAACUACAGUCAAAAGAAUCUUAAGACGAGAACAUCGUGUUGGACAAGAGGCAAGUUCAUAG